AAGAGAGGAGGGGCAGUAGCAACAGUAGCAUUUGCAGAUGGUGGCGCAGCUCCUGGUGGGAUGCAUACCCAUCAGCGGCGCCUUCAGAGGAGGAGGAGGAGGAGGAGGCAGAGCUCGGUGGAUUACGGCGGCUUCAUCCUCAGCAAGCGGCGGCCACCAGAAGCAGAAUCACUACGGUGUUCUGGGGCUUACCCGCUACGCCACCUCCGCCGAUAUCAAGAGGGCUUAUCGCCUUCUCGCUCGUAAGUUUCAUCCUGAUGUUUGCAAGGAUUCUCAAGCUGAACAAGUAUUCAAGAGCAUCCGUCAAGCAUACGAGAUACUAUCUAAUGAAGCAACCAGGAUUCAGUAUGACCAAGAACUUAAAUAUCAGAAACAGACAGGUCGACAAUGUACAGCACAGCGGAACUACAGUCCUGAAUUCGAAGAUGGUGUAAGGAUCUAUAAGUGGGAUCAGGUGAGGCAGAACAUGAAACGUGAGAGACAGUGGGAACAUUAUAAUGUAAAUGAAACAUCAAAUGGUAAAUCAGAUGAAGCAUCUGAAAGAGAGCCAUCCCAAGAGAGAGGUUCCUUCGGCGAAGUUCUUAGAUCUGCCUUUGUGUCUCUGUUUUUAUUGCAUACUGUUGGAUCCCUUUUGUCUCUCAGUUUUAGUAGUCUGAUGGCCUUGUUGGACAGGAAGUUGGAUGCUGGAUAUAAGAUUGGUUAUGUCAUUGCAUGGAUUUUGGGUGGGAGGGGUGGUAUCUUGCUCAGUCUGUGUUUAUCUUUUGCUAGUUGGAUUUGUGGAAAGACCAGCAGCAGUAUGGUUUCUCUAGUGGUGGUAGCCUUGUGGGUUGGCUUGAAUCUUGCAAGAUUUGCACCACUUCCUCAAGGUGCUCUUCUUACACUUCUCUACAUGUCCAUCAAGCUACAAGGUGAUAGGAACUAA